AUGGUCGAUGAUAAGAAGAUCGACGAUAUGUUUGACAGCGAGGUCACACCUACAUUAACGGGUUCACCGCCUUCCAAGCUAAAAAAACUGGACUAUCGCAAGAAAAGUAGUACUGCCUUGUCCAAGUUUGCAAAGAGGACAGAGUUGAACUUGGUGGCUACGGCUACCACAAGGGAUAGUGUGACUACUCUGUCAGGAUCAACACCGUCUGCAGCCCACGAGAUAAAACUGACAGACGAGGUUACUCAGGACGACGAGCUUCACACGGUCCCCAAUACAAGAGAUUCACGUGAUGGAUCCUCAUCUGGUGGUGUGCAUUCUUCUGUGCCUACUUCUGAGUCAAGUAUGGCACCAGUAUCGUUUGAUAACUACGACGCAGUCAUGGAGUGUCAAAGACUCCGAGAAAAAGUAGGCGAACCCUUUUGCAGUGCUGAUCAGAUAUGGGCAGAGAGGAGAGACCUUUGGACCAAGAAAACCAUUGCACAGGUGGAUGAAAGUAAUAGAGAAAUGUUUAAUAAGAUUCCAGAACAGUACUACCAUCGAAUCUAUCAAAAGUUGAUUAUGGAUGAUAGACCAUUGAAAGAUCCCCUCAACCUCGAAGAUAUCAUGAAAGUGAUAAACUCGGGCUGGAAAGAGACGAAAACGUGGGAUAAUGCAGCAAGAGGUAAAGGUUAG